AUGGCCUGGGUUGUGAGAGUCAUUAAUUCUUUAACUGUCUAUAUGCUAGGAUCUAGCCUCUAUAGUUGGUUCUCGUUCUAUAUGCAGGAUUAUGUCGAGACCGGCAACUAUCAGGACUGGGGCUUCUACGUUGAGCAGAGCACUGAUACCUGGGUGUACAAUCUUGUCACUAAAGUAAUUAUGGAGUCUAUCAGCCUGAUAGGGGAAGUCCCACUCUAUUCCCAAGAUGUCUGGAAUGGCUAUACCUUAUCUCUCCUGGCUUGGCUCCACACCGGAACUGGGGCCAUUGGAAAGCGCAAAUUCCCUGGCUUCUACCUGUGGGAUGAUGAACAGGACCAGGAUGUCUUGAGUGGUGUUUUGUCCACCUACAAAGCAUCUCUGACCCGUCUGAUCAGAUGUGAUGAUCAAUUUGAGAGUGCCUUAGUCACCUGCCCCUGGGAGGAUGAUCAUGUUGUCCUGUCUGAACCUAGUGGUAUCAUUUGGGCUGGAUGGAAUGAGAUAUGUGAACUGUGCUUAUACUGCUAUGUUACCUGCUAUGAGAUAAUGCAGGUGACUCCCUACUCUAUUUAUGAUGAGACUUACCAGUCUGACCUGGAGUUCAUGCUCUUAAAAUGCAGCUUUAGUGGGCCUAUGAAUAUCCUACCACUGCUGUAAGAGUUCCUGGAUCCAUACAAGAACAACCUCACAUUCUGCGUCUCCAAAAUGACGUAUAUGGCGGUCUCUGGGGAUACCUGUGAUUUGAUCUUGCUGAAGUAGAAAUCAGCAGAGAGAUGACUGCGUGGAGUGAGGAAGGUGAUAAAGGUAGAAAUUAGCAGAGAGAUGACCGCACGGAGU